AUGCAGAGGAGUGUUGUGUUAAAGAGAAAUACCCCAAAGCUUCUGUGUUCCGGUAGUAUUCAUUUAUUUUCUACUAGUUCGAGAGUCUUACAGGGUCCAAGAACUCCUAUACAAAUCUUUCGUGAUACUUUCAAGAAGGAAUGGGAGAAAUCAAAAGACCUACAGGAUAAUAUUAAAGCCUUACAAGAUGCUUCUGGUAGAUUAGGUGAAUCCGAAGCCUAUAAGAAGGCAAGAGAGGCUUACCUGAAGGCUCAGAAGGGUUCUACAAUUGUUGGUAAAACGUUACAAAAAACUGGUGAAACUGUAGAAGAUAUAGCUUCUAAAGCUUGGGAUUCUGAAAUUGGUAAAAGUACUAGAAAAGCAGCUAGUGCCACUGCUAGAAAGAUCGAUGAAAGUUUUGAACCUGUAAGAAAAACUCAAGUUUACAAAGAUGUUUCAGAUGUCAUCGAUGAUGGUGAUAGUUCUCGUUAUGGUGGUUUCAUCGGCAAGGAACAAAGAAGAUUGAAGCGUGAAUCUGAUUUGGUUUCAGGUAAAAGAGUUAGAGCGGUUAAAAGUAAUGACGAAGCAGGUACCUCCAUCGUUGCUACAAAUAUUGAAGCCAAAGAAUCACUUGGGAAAAAAAUGGAAGAUUUUAAAGAAAACACUACAGCAGGCCGUACUAUACAUGGUGUGAAAGUAAAGCUAUGGGAUGAAAAUGAAAACCCAUUGAUUGUAUUUUUAAGAAAAGUAUCUGGUAAAAUUGGAGGUUUCUUUGCAGAAACUGAAUCUUCCCGUGUAUUGAGUCAAUUUAAGUUAAUGGAUCCAACUUUUUCAAAUGAUUCUUUCACAAAACAUCUAAGAGAAUAUAUCAUUCCUGAAGUUCUAGAAGCUUAUGUUAAAGGUGAUGAAGCUGUUUUGAAGAAAUGGUUCAGCGAAGCUCCAUACAAUGUUUAUGCUGCUCAACAAAAGGAAUUCAGAAAACAACAGUUAUUCCCAGAUGGACGUAUAUUAGACAUCAGGGGUGUAGAAAUCGUCAGUGCAAAAUUAUUAGCCCCACAAGAUAUACCAGUUUUAGUUGUAGGUUGCAGAGCGCAAGAAAUCCAUUUAUACCGUAAAGUUAAAACAGGGGAAAUUGCAGCAGGUGAUGAGUCAAACAUAUUAAUGAGUUCUUAUGCAAUGGUUUUUACAAGAGAUCCUGAACAAAUUGACGAUGAUGAAACUGAAGGUUGGAAAAUAUUAGAAUUUGUUCGUGGUGGUUCUAGACAGUUUACUUGA